AUGAGCGAUCCGAAUGCUACUCUGCCCGCAGCGGCCACCACGCCGCAACAGCAACCCCAAGGCACUCCAACACAGCAGAAUGCGCCGACGCCUGUUUCUGCUGGCUCGGGAGACCAGCUCGUGUGCCAGUGGCAGAGCUGCGGUGAGCGUCUGCCCUCCGCUGAGCAACUCUACGCUACCGGCUCCAUGGCUGGACCCUGCAUUUCUUUUGUUAUGCGCUGCACAAGUCACAACAGCGCGUUGCAGCUCGGUGAUCAGUAUGUUAACAACUCGUUGCAGGACCAUGUUUGUGAGCGUCAUGUGGGCCGCAAGAGCACCAACAACUUGAACCUUACCUGCCAGUGGGGCAACUGCCGCACCACUACGGUAAAGCGUGACCACAUUACAUCUCACAUUCGCGUUCACGUGCCAUUGAAGCCGCACAAGUGCGACUUCUGUGGCAAGGCCUUUAAACGCCCCCAGGAUUUGAAAAAGCAUGUCAAGACACAUGCCGAUGACUCUGUCUUGCUCCGCUCUCCUGAGCCCAACCGUGGCGGUCCCCAUGGAGCCCAGGGCUACCCAGGUCAAAACGGUAAACUUGUCGCUGACCUGCAGGCACUUGCCGCUACAGCCAGUGGAUAUCAGUAUCCAGAUGGCGGUCUCGGUCCCAAUGGAGGCUAUGGCCAACAGCACCCAGGCGGUGCUCCUGCAGGCUUCUAUGGAGGUCCUCCCCAGAACUCUGCCUAUGGUCCGGUGUACUAUGCCGUCAAUCAGAGCCAGCAACUUAACAAUGACUACGAGAUUCGAAAGCGCGCAGCCUACGAUGCGCUCAACGAGUUUUUUGGAGAUGCCAAGCGCCGCGCCAUUGACCCAACCACCUACUACGAUGUCGGCCAGCGACUCAUGGGUCUCCAGGGCGUACAGCUCCCAGUUCUCGGCGGCGGUUACCAAGGUGCGGGUAUGGGCGAGUAUGGCGGCCAUGGAGGCACCAUGGUUGCCCAAGCUCAGCACCCACCCAUGCAUCACCCGUAUUCUCUCCCACUUCCCAAUCUCAGGACCAAGAGCGAUCUAUUGAACAUUGAUCAAUUCUUGGAGCAAUUGCAAAGUACCGUGUACGAGAACCCCAACCAUGCCGCUGCCGCUGGAGUUCACCACCCUGGUACCUACAUCCCUACCAGCGUCGGCUACCGCUCAAGCAACUCCCCACCGGGCCUUUCAUCUAGCCAUUCGCAGUCAUCCCAUGCCACUGCCAUUGGCUCCACGAGCGCUGAGACCCCUGCUCUGACGCCGGCCUCAAGCGUCAUGUCGUAUGGCUCUCAACACUCACCUGGAGCCACACACUCGGCCAGCAAUGUCUCCCCCACCUCAAGAUCAUCGAUUGGUAGCAUGUACCCCACUCUACCAUCGGUCAGUGCCAUGUCAGACAUGUCCGCCGCUGCUCCAUCAUCUGGUCUUGCACCCGCCUUUGAUGCCGAUGGUCGACGACGAUUUUCUGGAAACCUGCUGCAAAAGGCCGCUCCUGAUCGACGUGGAAGCGACUCAAUGGACACGUCAGAUGCUGGACAGUCUCCCAAGGACUCUGAGGACAAUCUUCACCACAAUGUUAACCAGCUGGCUAUCAACUCGCCCAAGGUCGAUCCUGCCCUAAGAUCGCCCAGUGUUGUGUCAUCAACCGCAACUGAAACGGGUGACUCAUCCCAGCAAUCGUGGGUUGAGAACAUCCGAGUGAUUGAGAGGCUCAAGGAAUGGAUCCGCGGCAGGCUCGAGGCCCGAGACUACAUCUCUGAUGACGAAGACGGUGACGUCAAGCACGAAGACGAACGUCGCAUGAGCGACGAUGAUGCACACAAUCUAUAUCCAGUGCUUCGUGCUGUGCAAGAGGGUCGGGAAUAA